GAAACAAAACAUAAUCAUGAUCUCUUAUUCUGCGUUGUUCUUAGUUGCAUUACUGCUCAAUAAUGCGAGUCGGCGCACUCUCGCUAUAGUUCCAAUACCAACACUUUAUACCAUAGCUCCAACAGCCUGCAACCUGGUGCACACACUCACUUACGAACACAACUACCCAGCAUGCAUUAUACUGACAGACUCACUGACAAGAUUUCGACUACGUCUAGCAUCACACCAUCCGCCAAUUCCUCAGAAAAGCAAAGAUAAAUGUAGCAUAAACAAACUGAGAAUUGAAAUCAUGGAUGGAUGUGAUGAGAAUUCAAAUAAACUGUGGCCGAGUCACACAAUGAACGAAUCAUAUAACGUGAAUAUUUCAGAUACAGAAAUCUCGAUAAGUUCCAAAGAGGUCUGGGGUACACUACGUGCCCUCGAAACUGUACUUCAGAUGGUAUACAAAGAUGAAUUUGGAGGAAAUAUGAUAUUUAAAGGUUCUGUGGAAGAUGCACCAUUAUUCUUACAUCGUGGAAUGCUCUUAGAUACAGGAAGGAAUUUCAUGCCCGUUGAAACCCUACAGAAGAUGAUAGAUAUCAUGGCUAUGGUUAAAAUGAAUGUCUUUCAUUGGCAUAUCACAGAUGACGAAUCAUUUCCCUUUGUCUCAACCACCUAUCCAGAACUGUCAGACAAAGGUGCAUAUCAUCCACAAAAGUAUACAUAUGAUGAAGAAGAAGUAUCUGAUUUAUUGGAAUACGCUCGUCUCCGUGGAGUUCGGAUCAUUCCAGAGUUUGAUACUCCAGCGCAUACAUUGUCAUGGGGAAAAGCAUAUCCAGACUUACUAACAAAAUGUUAUGAAGACGCUAAACCAACUGGACUAUUGGGUUCAUUGAAUCCAGCCAAUGAUUCUACAUUUAAGUUUUUGAAGAAUCUGUUUACAGAAGCCACCAGCCGAUUUCAUGAUAAAUAUAUUCAUCUUGGAGGCAAUCAGAUAAAUUUUGCCUGUUGGGCUCGGAAUCCAGAAGUAGUUGAAUUGAUGAAAAAAAUGAAAUUUCCUGGCCAUUAUACCCAAAUAGGGAACUAUUACGCAUCGAAAGUUGUCGAAACUGUCAAAAGUAUUGCUGACUCCAAAGUCGCCAUUACACCUAUUUUAUAUCACGAGGUUUUAGAUUAUGGAUUUCAGGGUGACGGAAACACAGUUAUUCAUGUUUGGGAAGGCUUAUACUGGGAAGAAUAUACCAAAACUGCUACUGGAAAAAAAUUCAACGUUAUAGUUUCUGGUGACUGGGAUUUAAGUGAUUUUGAUAACGGUUAUGAUUGGACAGAAUACUACGAACAAGAUAUCAGAGAAUUUGGAGGCUCAGACGAGCAGGCAUCAUUAGUCAUUGGUGGUGAAGCUAUACUGUGGGGCACAAGUGUGGAUGAGACCAAUGUGAUCACUCUAGCAUGGCCCAGAGGAGCUGCUGUAGCUGAAAGAUUAUGGUCUCAAGACCCUGAUACGAAUGAAGAAUUCUCACAACGAAUCGGUGAACUUCGAUGCAGAAUGCUCUAUAACAACAUAGAAGCUCAUCCAGUCAAUGGACCAGGUUUCUGUCCAACUAAAAUUUUGAGAACAUGAACAAAUUCGAGAAAGUAAAUGAAGAUCGUUCCUUACAUUUUUUUUGUGCCUCAGAGUUCAAUUGACUUCUAUUGUAUUAAAAUG